CCAGUCAAGUGUGUUCUCAAGACUUCCAAGUAUUUAUAAACAUGAGAUUCUUCACAACAAGUCGGUGUCGUUUUCUAGUAAAUUGGACUCGAAUGUCGUAAAAAUGACUAGUUCCUGAUAGUGUUCAGUUACAUUCUUCUACACCCAGCCACCAAUUCGUAUUCGACGUCUGCUUCUUAGCAGUUACGAGUUAUUCUCGUCUGCUGUGUAGACUCGUAGAAUGAAGUAAAGGGUUGUUAUUGAGUUACACAAGACUCGGUCAGUAGUUAUUUCUGUUAUAUAAUCAAAAAUAAACACUGAGUGUAUUUUGUUAAAAUGGAUUUACCGUUCUUGGACAUAUAUCUAUUAGUCUGCUUUAUAUGUGGUACAUUAGCAGAAAUGAAAAUUCACAGACCCGGGCGCCAUAUAUGUACCCAAGAGAAAAUGGUAAUGAGACCCAUCAGAAGAACGGAAACAUAUUGUAGACCAUAUUAUCAGAGAAGUUACCUACCCUGUCCUAAUGAUAGUUCUCAACUAUGCUCAAAUUUUAGAUUAACAUAUAGAACAGCUCAGCGGACCAUGUUUCAGAUGAUGCCACAACGAGAACAGUCAUAUUCAUGUUGUCCUGGAUGGUCUGGAUAUUCCUAUUUAUAUCAUAGUUGUUUAAAACCUGUCUGUGACAAACCGUGUGAACAUGGUGGUUAUUGUAAUCAACCGGGUAAAUGUGCAUGCCCCGAGGGUUGGAACGGAACGUGUUGUGAGAAUGAUCAAGAUGAGUGUAAGGGUGAUCAUGGUUGCCAACAAGUUUGUACCAAUAGUCCAGGCGGGUAUAACUGUUCUUGUUUUGAAGGAUUUACCCUACAAAAAGAUCUCAAAACUUGUAAAUUUUGUUUGUCCUGUAUAGAAGAAUAUGAUAUAAUGAUAGCAGAAAAUACUCGACUAAAGGACGUGGUCAAGAUUCUAGAAACGGAAGUGAGUAAUUUAAAUAGGAGUAUGGUUUCCAUGACAGAGAAGGUGAAACGACUGACGUAUCCCGGGAAACCGCAACCUAUUAUUGCCACAACACCCGAUUUUAGAGAGCCUGAAGAGAUUGGAGUUCUCACCCCUGAAGUAGAAGAUAUGUUGAUAAAACUGACAAGACAAGUAGAAAAAUUAGAAAAUGCUGUCGGUAGAUGUUACUGUGAAUCUGAUAUGACAAACCUGAAGACCAGGGUGUAUACAGAUUUCAGGACUUUUCAGAGCAAUGUAGAAACACGGCUAGAAAAUCUGGAAUUCGAGCAAAUAGACCCUCCACCAGUUGAAGUUGUAAGACGAAAAGGCAGACCAAAACCCAAGAAAUUGAAAACAUCAACACCGAAACCGACGCCACCACGGACGGAAAAACAAACAGAUUUUGAAGUUCUAAAUGAAAUAUUUGCUAGUAUUAAAGCAGAAUAGAUGGUUAAUGGAAGCUCAUACAAGUGUUUUUAACAUCAAAUCGUUCAAUAUAACUCUAUUAGGUAAACAUUUCUAGGCUCAAUAUAACCCAACAAGGUUAACAUUUCAAAGCUCAAUAUAGCUCAACAAGGUAAACAUUUCAAGGCUCAAUAUAACUCUAUUAGGUAAACAUUUCAAGGCUCAAUAUAACUCUAUUAGGUAAACAUUUCGAGGCUCGAUAUAACUCAGCUGGGUUAAUAUUUCUAGGCUCAAUAUAACCCAACUGGGUUAACAUUUCUAGGCUCAGUAUAACUCAACUGGGUUAACAUCUCUAGGCUCAAUAUAACUCAACUGGGUUAACAUUUAUAGGCUCAAUAUAACCCAACUGGGUUAACAUUUCUAGGCUCAGUAUAACUCAACUGGGUUAACAUUUCUAGGCUCAAUAUAACUCAACUGCGUUAACAUUUCUAGGCUCAAUAUAACUCAGCUGGGUUAACAUUUCUAGGCUCAAUAUAACUCAAUAAGGUUAACAUUGCUAGGCUUAGUAUUACUAAAAGCGUUAGCAUUUCUAGGCUCAUUAUAACUCAGAAAGGUAAACAUUUCUGGGUACAAUAUACAUGUAAUACUGGGAUGACUUAUUAACGGAAAUAGUAAAACUACUAUUUUCAAAAAACAUAAUUACCCGGACCUCUAGCAACAUAAACAACACAUAUAUAGCCGGGCACGAGCGUCAGGAGGUUUAAAUAUGAAUGACAAAUAAUUACGUUCCUGGGCAAAUUUUACCUGGCAAAAAUACGAAUUCCUACGAAAAACGAAUCUCAAGUUUACGAUGUACUUUAUAUCAUCAAUGUUUUUAUUAUCAAUGUUCGUUGGUGUGUCUGUUUUUUGUAUAUUUAGGAAGUGUUUAGGUGUACAUAUGGCUUAACUGUUUUUGAUAAGUAUAAUAUAACAUAUAACUUUUUUGUCCGUUAUUUUGACCAUAUUUACAUGUAGUAAAAUAUAUGGAUAUUAAAAAAGUAUCCAUAUUUUAAUAACUUGCUUCUGUUAAUUAUUACCACGCUAAUAAAUAAAAAUAAAUUCAAAAUA